AUGCAUUGGCCUAACCUUAUACCAGGGAUUGGAAUCGGUUACCUAUCCUCUCUUGGCAACGUCGACUCAACUUCGUCAACCCAACGAACGAAGCAAAGCGAUAGGCCGAACUGUACUAAGAUAGCAAACAAACGAGUAUCGAGCAAAGCGAAGAGAAUCAAAAUGUUUGGUUUUCGUUCUCUGUCCAUUGUUCAGGUAAUUGAGGCACUCGAUCCACAUCACGAGUGCACGGAGUAUUGGAAACACAAGCUCCCGAACAAGAAAUCGAUGUCAAGUUCAGAAAAUAAAUUAGGGGCCAUUCCGAAGAGAUUAAACGAACACAAGAAUGAAAAGUUACAACGAUUUUAG